AUGCCAUCGUCAAGCACCUCGGAGGGUGCUCCCCUCGCCGAUUACUUCUGGAUUGCCGGUGUGGAUGGUACAGAGAUUCUGGAGACCUUUCAGAGAUUGGGCGAAGAUUACCGUGCCAAUGGUGUCGUAUCUCCCGGCCCUGCGCUCGCAGAAACCAUUCAGGAGGACGCCGAUGCGGAGGAGGAAUACAACUCGGAUGGGGUCUCCCGGCCAAACUCAGUGCUUUUUACCGGCACCAGUCAUAGGGGCUCUGCCCAACGACUAUCCACGCUUUCAAAGACUUCCGAGAGAACAGUUGGUGGCAGUAACAGUAAUCGGAGCAGCAUGACCGUCAAGGGUGCCUCGUCGCCUCUGCAUGCCUCAGCUUUGUUCUCCGAGGACUUCGAUUUCGACUCCGCGCUCUUCAAGUUCGCCAACGAGCGGGAAUCUUUUCUAACCGAUCUGAGCUUGAGCGCUGGCGCUAUUACCUCGAAUACCCGUCCGCGAUCCAGGGUUCGCACGCAGAAGAUUGUCUCUGGGGAUUCGCCAUCGCCUAGCGGCAACUUGCUGAGGUCGGGUAUUGGGAGCGUGCGACGAUCCUUUCGGGAUAUGAAUAGCAUGAAGCGGCAGCCAUCGAUUGCUCGUCAAGGUGAGGGCUCUUAUCUAUCUUUGUUUUCCGUUCAAUCUGGAACGGGAUCAUGCUCGGGACUGUCUGUGGAUGCACUGGCUAACAAUGGAUUAUCUUCAGCUUCGGUGCGAACUUCUCGGCGACUUAGCAACUACAACUCGGUAAUCCCUGUUCCACAACCCCUCGAGAUCUCCACCACAAUGCACCCGUUGAAACGACGAUUCGAGCCCGUUCUCCUCGACCGAUACCCCACACGUGGCAUGCCGGAUGAGAUGAAGCUGCGCGGCAAUUUCCCCGACUACGUCCCUAUGUUCGCCUUUCCGAAUGAUGUCAACAUCGUCUCCUCUGAUCAGCGACCGCGCUCUACCUGGCACGGAUUCGCCAUGACAACAGACAACGGUUCCAGGUUGCAUGCCAUCUGUGUGCUGAUCUGGAUACCCCUCAACCAAAAUGCCGCGGAGGAGCUCGAGAAGCGCUGCGAGGAAUGGCGAAAGGUUAACAUGACGGAUGAAGAGCGUGAGCUGGCUUCAAGCUUGGGCGAACGAUUGGCAUCAGAGCGAGCCAAACUAUCCCGGCUUCUCGCCCAGCUGCCGACUGUCCCGUCAGGAUCUGAAUCCCGCGAACAGCUCGAAGAUGAAAUCAGCGCUGUGGAGGAGAAGAUUGGGCUAAUGACCGAUCUCCUCCGUCCAGUCCGACACGGCGCAGCUUCCAAGAUCGAGGGUCUGACCGAUGGUGAUACCGGGUUCUGGAUCCCUCGUGCGUACGGUAUCUUGGGCCGAGAGAGCACGAUGACAAGCUUCUGGAAGGAAUGGCUCAAGGCUAUCGUGGUGCCCAUGACGGAGGGAAGUAUACGGCAUGUGCCCCCGCCCUCUCCGCGCAUGGGUUUAUGGCAGCCGCUGGAGCGAUAUGUCAUGAAUCUCUGCACAGAAGCGUUCUGUCCAAUUUCCUCGAAAACUCAGGUCGAGAUUGUGAUUCGUGAGCUGCGGUUGUUCGCGCGCAAAGAGGCACCCAAUGAGAUCCCUGGUUCUCGGAACACUGAUCUCUAUGCCUUAUUCCGAACGUUGUCGGUUCCCAAUAUUAUCAUUCUCUUUGAGUACGCUCUCACUGAAUCCCGUAUCAUCUUCUUAUCUUCACACACCUCUAUGCUCUAUCUCGCCACCAGAGCGUUGGUUGACCUUUUAUUCCCUCUGGAAUGGACAGGCGUUCUCAUUCCCGUCCUUCCUGCACGCUUAAUUCAGGCUCUCGAGGCGCCUUGCCCGUACAUCGUGGGCAUUGAGCGUCGGUACGAGAAGGUGGAGCUGCCUACGGAUGACUUUGUCCUGGUAGAUUUGGACAAUAAUAUGAUCGAAAGUACUAUUCAACCGACCUCUCUUCCGCGUCACCAGCGCAGGAAGCUCCUCUCCCUGCUGCAACUAGCUGCCCCCCACCACGGUCGAUACCAAGUCCCCACUGGCCCUCCUGCAUAUGCAAUCGAGACGUACCCGUGGGACUCGUUCAUGUCAGAGAACAAGGCUAGUUUCACGUCCAAGGUGCCUGCAACCAACCUCGCAAAAUUUGUCAGUCUCAACUCCAGUGCAUUUGGUGCAACGGCCGUGAUGCCAGGUUCCUAUACACCCCCGAUUUUCAACGUCUUCCUGCACGCUCGAAAUGAGGCCGGACCGUCUCGUGGGUACUCUUCUCGUGGUAGUGAGCGUGAGCGCCCAGGGACCAGUUCCACUAUGAGAGCUAAUGCCUCUCCGCCAUCUCCGAGAGAGAAUUCGCCUACCUCUGGGUUCUUCCCUCCUCCACAAUCCUCCUCGUCACGCAAUGAUUCCGGCAUGGCAUUGCAGGCUUCAUUGCGCGAGAAGCGUUCCGGACAUUUCGAUGCCGCCUCGCGCCGAAGCUCGUCCUUUGGAAUGAGUCGACGUCCAAGUGCUCAGUUCCUAGGUCAUGCUUCAAAUCUCUCAGUGACGACUCUCAACACUGACUAUGGUGCCGGAUCCACAUAUGCACCGUCUGUCUAUGCGCAGUCGACCAUCGCUGCGUCCACAAUUGUCCCUCAAUCCACGUACCAGCCCUCUGGCAAUAAUGAGGGCACUUGCUGGGCGGAGGGUCACUUUUUCCAAGUCCAACCCUGGGAUGACAAGUUGACCUGUGCUAUCUGUGAUGAUCUGGCGGAGGAACAUAUGUACAAGUGCUCUGCAUGCAAACUGAUAGUCCAUAACCGCUGCGCCUCAAUGGUGUGUCUGCCCUGUGAUGCAGCCUUCCAUCCGGAUCAAAUCCGCGCAGCCUUUGUCAGAUGCUUUGCUAGCUUGUUCUACACGUACAAGAAGUUCCUUUCGCCAGCCAGUGGCACUAAGAAGAAGUCCGGCAUGCAUUAUAGUUUUAACAUGGAGGCUUUUAUGAAGAGUCUCCCAAGCGAGCAUGCCGAGUAUAUCUCAAUUCUGCAACAAACACAAGGCUUCAACGAGUUUAUCAGUGACCGCGAGCGAACAAAUCCGAAGUCCAAGGACCCCCGCAUGACCCUGUUCGAUGAGAUUGUCCUUUCAAAACGCAAUCGCGGCCGCACAUCCCUUUUCUCCGGUCGCUCGACAACAGACUUCCUCUCAGACACCUCGAACCACAUCUGGCGCACAGCCUACGCUACCUUCACUCCAACUAGCCGCAGUCAGCAGAAUCUUUCAGUCGACUAUGGCAGAGUUCCCACAAGAGGUAGGCCCGAACGCUCCAACACCCAAUCGAAUCCGCUCACUGACAAUCUCCCUCUAGCACCGGCAAACCUAGAUACUAGCCUGAUGACAGAUCCCCGCAUGAUCCACGGUGCUCCACGGGCUUCUAACACGGCAAACACUGCCCGUAGAAAGCCGCUGCCAAAUAUGUUGGGUGGGCUCGGUAACUCUCCGCCGCGUUAA